CAACGACUUCAAAUUGUUUACCAAAGCGCUAAAUAAUGAACAUCUGGUACAAGUAAGCGAUGGUUUUUCGUCACGUUAUCGAUACAGUGUUAGAAAACGAUUAUUUGAGAAAACAUUUUUUGCAUUGAAUUCGGAAAUGAAAUGAAAUUAUUGUCGAUUCUUCUUCUACUAUGUUGCUCGUGUGUCCCUGCCUUCGUACGUUUCAAAACUGCGGAACAAAACGACUCAGAAGCACCAUUAAAAAAUUCGCCCGAACCGAAACCAAUCUCGCAAGAUGUGAUUAUAAAUCCAAAACCAGAAAAACUCGAAAAAAAAUCUAAAAAUCCUCCCGCUCCACCUUCCCCUUUCUAUCCAGCUUUAGAACUGAUCAGAAAGAAAGAUAAAACAUUCUGUAUUCGGAGAGAUUUCAUACCAAUGGCAGAAACCAGAGACGUUUCCAAAUUGGUGUAUUUUUGUCCAGCAGAAUCAUACGACGAACAUAAACGAUCGAAGAAUAUGAUGAUGUAUCGAUAUUGUUUAUAUUUGAAUGAAAUCAGCAGCGGUGCUCUGAGUUCCGUCGACUGUACAUAUGACCCUCAGCCAAAACUUUGGUUUUAUGAAGACGAAGACAGUGAUUGUGGAAGAGAUGGACGUGGUACGCUUUACAGAUUUAUUCACGAAAUAUGUUGGCAAGAAAAAUCAUUUCUUAAGGGUGUUUCCAAAGUGAAGAAAAAGCGAGAUAAAAAUUCAAAAAUGAGACACGAAACUGUAGAAGUAUACUUGGUAUGCUUAGAAGAAGAACGAGAAUUAUUAUACUUGAAAUACGAUUUGAUAGCAGCUUCGAAGGAAGAAUACUGGAACACUCAGACAUCCAAUUUAGUGCUACAAUCAAAAACCGAAGGAUUUGUUGAGUUCGACUUCGAGCAAGUGACACAAUUAUUUAAGCCAAACAUACAAGAAAAGAAAUUGAAGAAAUUAUUCGGAAAAAAAUUCGACGAUGUUUUGAUACCACAAAUGUUAAUUUCUCCGAAACACAUAAAACCAAGAAUUGCUGGGAACUCUCUGCAAAGUUAUUUGAACAUUAGACCGUUAUGGAAGAGUGUAAGGAAAAAUUGGCGACAUCUGGAGAAACGUUUAUGGAAAUUGGGGUUCGAGUACCCUCAAGACAUACGUAUCUACGCUGGAACCUACGAUUACGAUAAAAUAAGCAACGAUGGCAAAAAAUCAUACAGUAUCAAGAUGGAUUCAACAACCGAACUGAGAAUUCCUUUCAUUUGGUGGAAAUUAAUCGUCCACACGAAAAAUAAAGAAGGAAUUAUUUUAGCUGUGCAAAAUCAAUCUGAAAGUAGUUCGAAUGGUGGCCAAAAAUUAUGCCCUGAGAGUAUCUGCGAUUCACACGGAUGGCCAGAAAUAAGCGAGUUCGGGUAUUGUUGCGAAUUCGGCGAAGAAAAACGUAAAUUACUCCAUUUAAACGAGGAAGAGAUCAAAAUUUACAGAGUUUUUAAUCCGACCAAACACGUGUCGGGAAUUAAAAAAUGGGUUAAGAAUUUAUUCAAGAUGAAGUAGGUAGGUAUGCUUAGUCCAGAUUUGAUAUGAAGCAGUAUUGACAGUUGUGACAUUGAAGAGUGAAUUAAAUCGUGACGUGAUUAUUAUUUGCACAUCUCGAUGUUUUGUGAACAGUCAUUUAAAAUUUUAAAUAAAAAAUCAA